AUGGCCACCACCGCCCGCGCCGCCACCACAAACGGCACCCUCACCUCCACCCACGCCACCGGCACCUCCAACGGCACCGUCCCCCCGAAAAUCACGCUGUACACCAACCACCGCUGCCCGUUCGCACAUCGUGCCCACAUCGUUCUGGCGGAGCUGGAUCUCCCGUUCGAAGAAGUGAUCAUCGACCUCGACACCCCCCGCCCACAAUGGUACCUCGACAUCAAUCCACGAGGCAAGUCCCCCAUCCAUCCCUUUCAUCUCAUUGAAAACAAAGCUAACCUCCCAAGCAUCAAAUACCAAAUCCCAGGCCUCAUGGACUCCCCCGCCAUCAUCACCGAAUCCGCCAUCGUCGCGCAAUUCCUCGCCGACGCUUUUCCCUCGCCUCUCCUGCCGUCUUCCCACGAAGACCCCCUGGCGCCGUUGAGGAGGGCGCGGAUAGGUUUCUUCACCGACACCUGGAACGCUAAACUCUCGAGCUUCCAGAUGAGCGCGAUGAAAGCGCCGGCUUCUGAGAAGCAGGGGGUUGUGGACGACUGGGUCGCGGCUAUCGAAAAAGAAAUCGAGCCCUUACUCGCUGAUGCUGGUCCGUUUUUUGGCGGGAGCAAGGAGUUAACCUUGGCAGAAGCGAUCGUGGCGCCCUUUUUGGUGAGGAUGUAUGCGUUUGCUGAUGAUGUGUAUAUUCCGAAGUCGUUGGGGGAGAAGUUGGAUGGGUUGCCGAAUUUUGGGAAGUGGAGUCAGGCGGUAAUGGGGAAGGAGAGUGUGAUGGGGAUUUGGGAGGGAGAGAAGUUUAAGCAGGCUUUUGCGAAGAAGUAUGGGGGGAGUAUCGUUACGAUGAAGUGA